AUGAAUAGGAAGGCUAAUAGUGUUGUUGGCAAAAGAGUGUUAUCUUCUAGGUCAAACACUUCACCUGUCACUGUGAGCAAUAGCCUUACCUUCGCGCGAACAUCGCACGAGGUUCCUGUGAUGGUUGGAAACAAUGGAGUUGAUGUAAGGACUCAUCUGCAGCAUAAUGAUGAAUCCGAAAGCACAUAUGUUGCUCCGCGUGCAAUGAGCCUCACUAUGGCUGAGACAUUGGUUCAUGGUCCACCGCAUUCUCACGCGCCUGCACAAUUGUCUGGUAGUAGUCAGAAGCUUGAUGAGGUGGCUCUUAAGAAUUCGCGGCUAUGGGUCCCUAUGAUGCCGUAUAUGCCAAGAUCCAUGGGUGCUAGCUCUUUGGUGAAGUUGAAGGUCAAAACAAGCUCACAACGGUAUCCCAUUGCGCAUUCUAAUGCUUUGCGAGAGUUGAAUGGUGUAUCUUUAGCCGCAAAGCACAACUUGAGAUUCAAUGGAAGUAGGAUGCUAACCACAAAGUCCAACUCUACUUCCACUCCUUCUAGAACUACAAGUAAUUCAACUCCUUCUGCAUGGAUAACACUGGAGAAGAGACCUACUUUUCAAACCCAAAGUAGAAGUGAUUUCCUUAAGAAUCUCUCAAAGAAGAGUUCCUCAAACGACGUGUCUUGUGUCUCGGAGAAAUCUCAAGCAAGCACAGAGAAAGAGAACGAUACUAGCUGCACCAUUUCAAAAUCUAGGGAUUCAAUUAAUGAAGAGCAACAAUAUAUCCCCAACUUCAUUUUAAAUUCGGAAGAAGAAGAAAUUGCGUUCUUGCGUUCACUUGGGUGGGAGGAAAACGAUAAUGGCGAUGAAUGUCUUACAGAAGAGGAGAUACAAGAAUUUUAUGAUAAAUAUGCGAAAUUGCUACGAUUUGGAUGUGAUGGAGCAGAAUCGGACAAUCAUAUGACUAUGUGUUAAACAUUUUGUUUAAUAGACCAUUUUGUAUCACAUGAAUAUAUUUCGGAUUUUUAGAACGAGAUUUCAAAACCUUCUUUACAGAUAAA